AACCAGCUUAGACCGGUUUAAGAUGUUUUUUUCCCCUCAGUAUAAACCUGACAGACUUUGAGACCUAGUCAUUCAGCUGCUACAAUGUCACAUUCGCUACACUUUACAGUGUAACAUUCUUUUCCUCAAGUUGUUACGUCGAAACGUUCGAUCUCGUCCGUCAGCGCUACUUUGUAACAGUUUUCCUGGUUCUUAACGGCCAUUACCAGGUGUGACCGACAGAGGCAGUGCUGAGUUACAGACUACAGCAGAGAUACAGGCAGAGAAUAUCACACAGAAAAAUACAGAGAGGGCGAGAGAACAGAAGAGAAGGGAAGAGCGCCUGGCAGGGGCUCACAGAGACCCCCAGAUCCAGACGCAAGUUCUUAUCCCACCUUACUGACCGAAAUGUGAUCGGUUUCAUCAAUCCCAUCGCCUGAAUGACGCCCGGGCUGCUUGAGACGUUGUAGCAGGGAGGAGAAACAAAACCCUUUCCCCCUGUCUAUUGUGGAUAAUUUUCUCUCUUUGGAAUCGGAAUUGGAUUGAUCGUUCAUAAGAUCAGCGCGCAGAUUGGCUUCGAGGGAGUAAGAUGGGGUGUUUGGGGGGCAGUAAAACCGAAGACCAGCGCAUCGACGAGAAAACACAGCGAGAGGCCAACAAGAAAAUAGAGAAACAGUUGCAAAAAGAGCGACAGGCUUAUAAAGCCACACAUCGACUGUUGUUGUUGGGUGCUGGGGAAUCGGGGAAAAGCACUAUCGUGAAGCAGAUGAGAAUUCUUCACGUCAACGGGUUUAAUGCGGAGGAAAAGAAACAGAAAAUUCAAGACAUUCGCAAAAACGUGAAGGACGCCAUCGUGACCAUAGUGUCUGCAAUGAGCACUUUAAUACCACCCGUCCCGCUCGCCAAUCCAGAGGACCAGUUUAGGAUCGACUAUAUCAAAAGCAUAGCGCCGCUCUCUGACUUUGAUUACACACAGGAGUUUUUCGAUCAUGCGAAGAAGCUCUGGGAUGAUGAAGGCGUUAAGGCAUGUUAUGAGCGCUCCAACGAAUAUCAACUAAUCGACUGUGCGCAUUACUUUCUUGACCGGAUUGAUGCAGUGAGACAAAGCGACUAUACUCCAACAGACCAGGACUUGCUUCGCUGCAGAGUGUUAACAUCAGGGAUUUUUGAGACACGAUUUCAAGUUGACAAAGUCAACUUUCAUAUGUUUGAUGUGGGAGGUCAGAGAGACGAAAGGAAAAAAUGGAUUCAGUGUUUUAAUGACGUCACAGCGAUCAUCUUUGUGGUAGCGAGCAGCAGCUAUAACAUGGUCUUAAGGGAAGACAACAACACAAACAGGCUACGGGAAGCACUUGCUCUUUUUCGCAGUAUCUGGAACAACAGAUGGUUGCGGACGAUUUCUGUCAUAUUGUUUCUAAACAAACAAGACAUGCUGGCAGAGAAAGUAUUAGCUGGGAAAUCCAAAAUUGAAGAUUAUUUCCCUGAAUAUGCUUCAUACACCUUGCCUGAUAAAGUAACUCCUGAAACCGGUGAAGACCCCAAAGUGACAAGAGCCAAGUAUUUCAUUCGGGACGAGUUUUUGAGGAUCAGUACAGAAAGCGGAGACGGCCGUCACUACUGUUACCCCCAUUUCACAUGUGCAGUGGACACGGAAAACAUCCGCCGGGUCUUCAACGACUGCAGAGACAUCAUCCAGAGAAUGCACCUGCGGCAGUACGAACUCUUGUGAUCUCACUUUGACUCUUUAUGAACGUGUCUCCAAACUCCCCCUGCCCUCACGAGGCCAAAACCGCAGACGAAUACUACUGACGUUUGGCGCACCACCCUUCGGUUUUUAGAUGUUUUAUUUUAACUCAUGAUUCGGGGACGAAGAGGCUCGCUGGGUUCCCCUCCCCCCCACUCGUUUUUAUUUGGAUUGCCUUUAUUUUUGCCAUUCCAUGAAGCCUCUGGCUACCUCCUUAUUUUUUAUUCAAAUAAAAAAAUGAUUUCAUCUUGUAUAUAUGUAUACGUGCUGGCGCCUGCCAGAUUAUGAAGAUCACAUCACCUUGUGACCUCCAGGAAUCCUAGUCUCACACCUCGAACCUUGAUCUUCUGGCCUACAGGGCUCUCUGCUGCUCUUUUUUUUUUCCGAACACUGAAGAUCGCCUGUGGACAGGAGCGGGGAUGGGGAGGCGGGCCGGGGGUUGUCGAACACUGGGAAAGCGAAGUGAAUUAAUGCACUUUUCCAUCAGGUUUUGACUGACGUUUUUCUUUACAAAGAUGGACACACAAUGUAGCAUCACAUCAUGAAUUUCUGUCCCAAUUAAGGCUGUGGACAGAUCAGAGGAUGGUGGGAGUGACCACGCCCUUUUUACGUGAAAGAGGCGGAGCCUUUGAAAUGAGGAGGAGGGGCUCUGUGAAGAGGUGAGGAGGAGGAGGAGGGGCUACAGGAACAUUGCUGAAGACUCGGUUUGGUUUUGGGAACAUGAUGGCGAAACAUCUGCGAAAAGAAACGCCCCAUUUUUUAACUUGUACAGACUGUGCAAGGGUGAAUUUUUUUUUUUUUGCUUUCCUGUACAGACUAUAAAAUGUUAUAUUAUUUUAUACAACUUUAUUGAAAGAGAGUAAAAAAAUCUACUUGUAGAUCUUUGUGCCUUGAUUAUGGCUGUACCUGUAAAUGAAGCUGAUACAUUUGUUUUUGACUGCGCUGUACAGCUUGAUGUCACCCCCGUCAGCAGAAGGGACUGUGGAUGGGGACCUACUCUGUAGAGUUUAGUUUCUUUUUUCAGUUAUUUGUUUGUUUUUCUGCUUUGUUUAUAGAAAAAGAGAAAAAGUUCUUUAUAUAAAAAAAAAAUAUAGGAAAGAAAAAUCUUAACCUGUAUACAUUAUGCAAAUCGACCCCCUUACCUGCGGUUAUGAUCAGACGAAACAGCACCAUGCCUUUCUUCUUGUUUUCGUUUUCCAUUUAAUUUCAAUUCUCAGCUUUAAAAACAGAAAGAGAGAAAAAGAAAGUUGAAGUGUCCAAAAUCACAACCUGGUGUUGUUUUCAGAGACUCUUUUGGAUAUGAAGUAUGUCUGAGAAAGAUAUUCACGUUUGUGUCUGUGAGUACGUGCGUGUUCACGUACAGGAGACAAACAUUGAGCCACAGACGCAUGACAUUUGUGUUGUGUGUGUGCGCGCGCGUGUGUGAGAGUGUGUGUGCAAGAGUGCAUUGUGUGCACUCUUUUAUAAAUGUGCGUACAUGUAAAUUUAUAGGUCUAUAUAAAUAUAUAUGUACAAUUCUACAUGUUUAAUUAUGUGUGUGUUGGUGUAUACAUACAUUCGUAUGUAUACAGUGAAGAUGUGUACUUACACACAUAGGUAAGCAUGUCUAGAGUGAAAUGAAUAAAUGAGAGUGCAAUAUUGAAA